UUAUAUUUAUAAGAAUACAUGAGAAACAUUAAAAAUCACAAAUUGCAAUAAAUAUUAAAACCAAUUACUGUUUUAUUUAAUAUCGAGACAGUUUCAUUCAAAAAUUUAGUGUAAAAUCUAAUUAGAAAGUGUAUAAGUUGUAAAUAAUGGCGGAAGAAGGAACAGGGCUUAAGCAGCCGAUGACUGACGAGGAGAGGAUCGCACUGGCCCAGAAACUGGACAAGGAGUUAGAUGACUUCAUUGACAGCCUGGAAAAGAAACGGUACACGGAAGGAUGGCCCGAGGACAAGUGGGAGGAAGAAAUGGACAAGCAUCCAUUUUUUAUGAAGUCAACACCAGAAAAUGGGCAGCUGUCUCCACUUGCGGAGGGGCUGGCUAAACUGAAGUAUGAUCCUGAGGAGAAUACACCAGUAGAACUGGCUGGAAACUACAAGGAGGAUGGCAACUUCAACUUUAAACAUAAAAACUAUAGAUUGGCUAUUUUAGGUUACACAGAAGGCAUCAAACAGAGAUGUGACGAUGCUGAAAUCAAUGCAAGCCUAUACAAUAACCGGGCCGCAUGUCAUUGGCAUCUCAAGAAUUACAGAUCAGCCUUGUUUGACAGCGAGAAGGCACUAACUUUCAACUCUAAACAUACCAAGGCAAGAUUACGCGCGGCCAAGGCAGCUCUCGAAAUAACCAAGUACGAUGUCUGCAUUGAACACUGCCAAAAAUUAUUAGAAGGCGAAUCUAAGGAGAAAGACAUUGUUGAACUCCAUAAUAUAGCGAAAAAGAAGAAAUUACAACAAGAACGUGAUCAAAGGAAGAAAGAGAGAAAAGGUGAGAAGGAAAAUGAGCAGAAGGAAUUGGUGGUUAAAGCAAUAAUUGAGAGAGGAAUUAAAAUUUCGAAGUGUGAUGAUGAAGACGAUAUAGAUUUGUCUAAGUUAGAGCCUAGUUUACCAGGAGCGCAGGACGCGAUAGUACAUGUUGAAGAUGGUGUUUUAAGGUGGCCAAUAUUACUUCUAUAUCCAGAAUAUCAAAUGACGGACUUUAUCAGAGCUUGCCCCGAAAAUGUGCCGUUACGAAGUCAGUUAGAACAACUAUUCCCUGCGCCAUGGGAUGAAGAAAAUAAGUACAACUGUUCUAAAAUCAAUGUCUAUUUCGAAGGUUACGACAAAAUGCCCCAUGUAGUUGAUCCUACCAAGAAUUUGGGCGACUUAUUAGUGGUCAAAUAUUUUGAGUUGAAGGCUGGCACACCCGCGUUUUUUGUACUGCCUCGAGGCACCAGUAUCGAGCGUAGAUUUCUGGAAAGUUACAUUUAAUUGUAAAUAUAUUGUUAUAUGUAUAUUUUAUUUUAAGUUUUAUUUCUAAAUAAAUCAAGUUUUACAUUUUGUUA